GAAAUCUUAUAAAAACACGAAUGGAUUAGUGCGUAAGCUCGACCAUUGAUGACUGAAGUCAUACAUGUGGAAAGACGCAUUCCCACCUCAAAACGUAACAUCAGUAAAGUGGAUGAUGAGAGAGUGCGCGUUCAAAAAUCCCCCAGAUACCUGUAACAAACCAUGUGACGUUUCUGAACGCAAUGAAGCAUUCACAGUUAAUCUAUCGACGCCGCGAGUGUGUAAGAGCUACAACUUUUCUCAGUGAGAUUGCCGUUUCUCGAGAGAAUAAAUUCUGACAGUAGUAAUCUUUGUCAGAAGAAAUGCAUUGGAGCUCAAUUUGUUCAUCAAUCUACGCUAUUCUGUGGUUAACAGUUAUAUCUACGCAAUGGUCAGUUCCCAGCGCACAAUGUUUAACACCAAUGGCGAAACGUGGAAGCUGCGUAAAGAUAAAUCAGUGUCCAAAACUGUUCGCACUAGCAACGAGCAGUAUCAUAUCUCGCGAUGCUGGCGAACUGCUGAAAAAGAGUAAAUGCGGAGAAUUAAAAGUUUGUUGUGAAGAACCCUCAGUUAUCGGGUUAGAAAACGACAACAACCCACCGCAAACGAUCGUUUUUUCUCAACCCACCAGACCAAUUACUACUCAAACUACCAGAACUACUACCACUUCUACCACUACCACUACUACAACAACAACUACUACUACUACUCCUACUACUACUCCUACUACCACUAAUACCACACCAAAAAGCACACGCAUGGAGAUAGAACUACCUGAUGAGACAGUUUGCGGCAUCGAGAACUUGAGCGACCGAAUUUACGGCGGAUCAGUCACCGGGUUAGAACAAUUUCGGUGGACAGUAGCCUUAGAGUACAACGUCAAUGGUUUCAGAGAAGUGAAAUGCGGCGGUACGCUUAUCAAUACUCGUUUCGUUAUUACCGCUGCGCACUGUGUCUGGAAAUUAAGUCCUGAACAAUUGACCUUGCGGCUUGGAGAAUGGGACCUAAAUCAGGAUCCGGACUGUGACGAGUAUUCAAACUGCAACCCGUCGGUCCUUUUCAAAGGAAUUGACCGAAUAAUAGUUCAUGCAGAUUUCAAAGGAUUCAAAACACACGAUAUAGCUUUACUACGAAUGCGAACGGCUCUACCUCGGGAUUACACAAACCACAUUCUUCCCAUAUGUCUGACGAGAACGCAAAAACUUUUAGAACAGUCAUUGGAGGACUUCAAUGUUACUGCUGUUGGGUGGGGCUUCACUGAAUCGGGAACAAGAAGCAAUCAGAAGAUGAGUACCAACUUAGUAGUCACUAGCUUGCAAAGCUGCCAGGAUGAUUUGAGGGCAUUUUUGAAGUACACAGUACUGAAUAAGUCACAUAUUUGUGCCAAAUCGCCGACCCAUGAAAAUCGUGAUGCUUGCAACGGUGAUUCCGGAGGACCGUUGAUAUCCAAUUUGAAUGGUAACUGGUAUCUAGUUGGUAUUGUAAGCUUUGGGCUGCCUUGCGGGAAAACGAAGCUGCCCGGUGUGUAUGUCAGAGUGAACACUUACCUGGAUUGGAUUAGGGAAAAUAUUCAAUAAAUCUGUACGGGUAGAAUUCACAUGAUUAUCGA